AUGGCUGUCUAUUCUAAGGACGAAGCCUUGAUGUGUAAGGUAUUCCCAUCCAGUCUGGGACCCGUGGCAAUGAGAUGGUUCGACGGCCUAAAGGUAGAUUCCAUAGGUUCCUUCAAGGAGUUCACUCGGGCAUUUGACUUUCGUUUUAUUACAUGUACCAGGGUCCCUCGACCCUUAGACUCCCUACUGUCUUUGUCCAUGCGAGAAGGGGAGAGCUUGAAAGCAUACUCAAACAAGUACUGGGAGACAUAUAAUGAGAUAGAUGGUGACUUUGAUGACGUCACCAUCAGUACUUUCAAGAGUAGCCUCCCAACCAAGCAUGGUUUAAGGAAGUCCCUAACAGGAAAGCCUAUCACUAGCCUAUGCCAACUCAUGGACCGGAUUGACAAGUAUAAAAGGGUUAAGGAAGACCAGCAACUGGGUAAAAGAAAGGCUAAGGUUAUCCCUCAGGAAAUGAGGGAUUUCAGGUCAGACUGA